ACCCGGAAGUUUGUCUUCAGAUCAGUGGAUUCUCCGCGUCUUUUUGGCAUAUCCAGAGAACAACAACAGACACUCAGAAAUGGCGGAUGCUAAUAUGAUGGAGAAGAAACUGGCAGAAUACAAGUGCGACACCAAUGAAGCUAUAUGUCUAAAGCUAGUUCGUUUUCCAGAGGACGUUGAUGAUGAUGGUACUACAUUUCAUCCUGAGUACAGUCACCAGAUUUUUGGAGAUGAUGAGGUUGCUUUUGGAUACAAAGGUCUGCAAAUACAGCUCUUCUACACUGCUGGAAACCUGAGCACCCUUUUCAAAGUGAAAUAUUCUUCGAAAGUCACUGAGGAAUUUGACUGUGUGGAGCCAGAUGAUAUUGAAGGAAAGAUAAGGGAAAUUAUUCCAGCUGGGUUCACAUUCAACACUGAUGACUUCAUCUCGCUGUUGGAGAAGGAGGCCAAUUUCAAGCCCUUUGGCACCCUGCUCCACAUGUACAAAGUUCACAGCGAGGAAGCGGGAGAGCUCACAUACCAGAUUCAUAAGGCUGACGUGACCUGUCCGGGAUUCCUCGAGUACCAUGAGCGCCUGCAGACCUUCCUCAUGUGGUUCAUAGAGACAGCCAGUUUCAUUGAUGCAGAUGACGAUCAUUGGGACUUCUUUCUUGUAUUUGAAAAGUACAAUAAAGACGGGGAGACUCUCUACGCAACUGUUGGCUACAUGACAGUUUAUAAUUACUAUGUGUACCCAGACAAAACCCGACCACGUGUAAGUCAAAUGCUGAUUCUGCCACCAUUCCAAGGAGAGGGGCACGGAGCUCAGCUUCUGGAGGCCAUACACAGGUUCUACUGCACCCUGCCAAAAGUGCAAGACAUUACAGCUGAAGACCCCUCUGAAAACUAUGUGAGGCUCAGAGACUAUGUGCUGGUGAAACUGUGUCAGAACCUGCCAUCCUUUGGUCCAGACAAGCUGCACCUCGGUUUUUCGGCUGACAUGGUUACAGAGGCUCAAGAAAAGCUGAAAAUUAACAAGAAACAUGCAAGACGAGUGUACGAGAUCUUGCGCCUGAGAGCAACAGAUAUGAGUGAUGAAGCAAAGGCCAGAGAAUACCGUCUGGAGGUGAAGAAGAGGCUCUUUGGCCCUUACAAGAAGAAUCAGCGGGAGCUGGCCAAGAUGAGGAAGUGCUUACGGCCAGAGGAGCUGGUGUCCCACAUGAAUCAGAUGGACACGCAGAGUCAGCAGGAGGAGCUAGAGAAGAGUUACCAGGUCAUCGUCGGAGAGUACAGGAGAAUCCUGGAGAAGAUCGCGGUGCAGGCCUGAUCAGGCUCGAGGUGUUGCCGUUGGCGUGACGACCAUGCCGUCCACAUGCAGGUGGAGCCGCCCCGUCUGUACAAAGCCCACAUACACAGACUGAUGCAUUGAAAUCUGUUUUAACUGCAGAGUUUUUACACAUCACAUGUAAGAGGUUGGAUUUUUUUUUUUUUUCCUCACUUUGCUUCCAGCUGGGAGGGAAAACGUAAUCGCUUCUGUGUGAGAAUCAGUGGUUCUGUGUUUCACCAGUGAUUGGAAGCUCAUGACCAUAAAGAGAAAUGCUUAGUCUCUGUGAUGGACAUUUCUUAAAGUUUGAGAGUUGUGAAUGUUUUGAAGCACUUCAGACUGAGACUUAAUAAAAAAUGUUUUGUAUGUUGC